AGACAGACAGGGCCAGAUAUGUAAAGAGGCACAGAGGAAUUGGUGGAACGACUUGAGUCAGGUGGCGGAGGACACAUAGAGAGAGAGAGAGAGAGAGAGAGAGAGAGAGAGAGAAGGGGGGAGAGGGAUGUCUGCAUGGUAGAGGGAGGCAGAAGGGAAGUAGGCAGCCUCGGUGACAGCGUAGACCAAGGUUGCUCCAGUGUGCAUGCGCGCCAGCCUUUUCAUUCACACUCUCUCACACACACACACACACACACAGACACACACAUGCUCUCUCUCUCUUUCUCUCUCUUACUCACCCACUCACUCAUUCACUCACACAGACGUACGCACACACACACACACACACAAACAGCCUCGAGCAGAAGCAGCAGAGCAUCGUGGGUGUGAAGCAGCAUGAGAUGUGAUAGCUGUUCUUCUACCCGUACCGCUGGCUGAUGCACUAACUUAAUUGGAGCACACACGCACACACACACACACACACCUCCUACACGCGUACUCACUAGCACACCUUGAUUAUAGGCGGGAAGACAUCCUCGCACUCGCAGAAACACUCAUCCGGUCUGCAGCCAGGAGUCAACAUGGGUCUUGUGGUGGGAACCUUUUCCAUGCAAACCAAGCAGGUGAACUACCGCAAAGACAAAGCCGAUGAUGACUUGGAGAUGACAACGGUGUGCCAUCGACCUGAGGGCCUCGACCAGCUGGAAGCGCUAACCAACUUCAACAAAAGAGAGCUCCAAGUGCUCUACAGGGGCUUUAAGAAUGAAUGUCCAAGUGGCAUCGUAAGUGAAGAAACCUUCAAGCAGAUUUACGCCCAGUUCUUCCCGCAUGGAGAUGCCAGCACCUACGCACACUACCUGUUCAACGCGUUUGACACAGCACACAGCGGCUCCAUUAAGUUCGAGGACUUUGUGACAGCGCUGUCAAUCCUGCUGAGGGGCUCCAUCACCGAGAAGCUACAGUGGACCUUCAACCUCUACGAUAUCAACAGAGACGGAUACAUCAACAAAGAGGAGAUGACAGACAUUGUGAGAGCGAUAUACGACAUGAUGGGGAAGUACACUUACCCGGUCUUGAAAAACGAAGCACCCAAACAGCAUGUGGAGGCCUUCUUUCUGAAAAUGGACAAAAACAGAGACGGCGUGGUUACUCUGGACGAAUUCAUCCUCUCUUGUCAAGAGGAUGAAAACAUCAUGAGGUCCCUACAACUCUUUGAAAAUGUCAUCUAGACCACAACGAAGAGGGAGACGGCGCAGUAGACGAAGGCACAGACCGAGCGGUUAGAAAAGAAUGGUGAUGGAGGAGAAAGAGAGAUGAACAUACAAGAGAAAAGGAACAGCAUGUAGUUGCUACAAAGAAGGAAUCUUUCUGUAACACAUCUGUGGCAAUGAUUUGGAAACAACGCCCUCUGGACUUUAACCUUUUAUUUGUCCUCUCUGUGGCCAUUUACCUCGUCUCCAUCUCCCUCCUUUGUUGCUGUCGCCUCGGACAGUGCACAUGUCAUGAGAUUGCGUCAUUGCGGAUUCUCUCACGUUUGGUCCGAUACCCUUUUGAAAUGUGUAAAAUAAACCGUUUUAAUCAAGCAGGGCUGGAAUGCGCAGGAGCAGCUGGGCGGUGAGAUCAGGGCAAUGCCCCGAUGAUGUGCAUUUAGAGGCUGACCCAACCGCUGCUGUCAGCAUGAGUCGUUCCUCCUACAACCAAACGUGAGCAAUAUUCCGAAGCAUGCAAGACAGGAGCCUACAUAACGUGUGUGUGUGUGUGCGCGCGCGCCGUGAGAACAAACUCGGUAGCAACACCCUCAGCGCAGAGCAUCCAUUCUGGGAGGCGUAGCAUCUCGAAGAGCCACGUCACCCGGCGUGGAUGGAGGCCCGCGGAGCUGAACUCGGCCUCAGCCAGCUUUCAGUCUUUUGUCUCGUGGCAGCUUGCAAAGAGUCCUCUUUACGCCCGCUGUGUGAGUGUGUGUGUGUGUGUGUGUGUGUGUGUGUUCCAGUGGUGUCAGUCAGUGUUUCAGUGUUGUAAGGACUCGACUGUAGAUAUUUAACUGUGGUAUUUAUGGCCUCUUAACGCCGUGUGGAAUGACCCGUGUCUCGUCUGCGUGUUUUCUGGUUCUGUCUGUCUGUCUGUCCAAUCGGAUACGACUCAUUACUCUGCGUGUGACGCGUUGUUAAAAACGGAGUGCAUUAAGAAGGUUACCGGCAAACCAACGCAGAGCCACAGAGGGACGUGCAUUUGUUGGUUUGUGCGGUUUUGUUGUUGGAUAUUAGUGUAUUUUUGUUGUUGUUGUUGUUGUUGUUCUAGCCUCGUCUCGGGGACGCCACAAUCCGUCCGGCCCAACAGGCCGAGACAGGAGACUUCCGUCGUCAGUUUCGUCCGUAAUAAUGAUAAAUAAUAAUAAUAAUGAUAAAUCACUGUGAGGCAGCGGCAGGAGAGGGGAGCCAUGGGAAGGACGGAUAGUUGACAAAGAUGACGAGAGAUUUGGGCGGAAGACGAGACGGAGACGCUGUCACUGAUUCGGGAGGAGCGGAAGCCAUGUUCAAACAAGGGCCAACGUUUGGCAGAUUGAGCAGGACAACAACAAAAAAAGAUUUUAAAAUUAAUUACCGUGACGCCCACUCACUGUGUCACCAGUAGUGUGAUAAAAAUCCUCGCUGAGAUGUGCUCAUCUCAAAAGGUAUACAAGACAUUCAUCCAAAUAGACUGACAGACAGGUAGAAAAACAGAUCUUAAAACGGUCAAUUAAAUAAUGUGUGUAUUGAAAUACUGUAUAAAAUCAUUAUAUUUAUCAAUAAACUUUGCAAGAAACAAAAUGAA